AUGCCGAAUCCCCUCGCCGUGUCGCUGCGAUGCGCCGUAUUCUUCGUGCCAUGGCUCGUCCAUCUGCUCCUCGCUGAUGUCGCUCUGUCCCUGUUGCUGCCCGUGUCGGCGGUAGCACCGACCUUGGCUUACAAUCUCUCCUCGAGCAUCGCAGAGUCGGUGUGGCGCGGCAUCCAGUCCAUCUUCACCCGCGUCAACCAUGCCGAGAUCAUCGUUUCGGGCGCUGACAAGCUGCCUCGCGGUGAGAGUGCCAUCGUGGUGGCCAACCACGUUGAGUGGACCGACUUCUACAUGAUACAGGAGGUCGCGGUGCACUGUGGCAUGCUGGGGAGAUGUCGAUGGUUUGCCAAGCAGCAGUUGAGAUGGGUGCCUUUCCUCGGAUGGGGUCUGUGGGCAAUGGGGAUGCCGUUGGUCAGUCGGAAGUGGAUGCAGGACCAGCGUGAGAUGGACAGAGUCUUUGCCGGAGUGUUGCAGCGUCAGUGGCCGACAUGGCUUAUAUCCUAUAGCGAAGCCACCAGAUUCACCCAAUCCAAACGUAUCGAAGCCGAGAAGUGGUGCAAGGCCAACGAUAAGCCUCUUCCGAAGCAUACCCUCUACCCACGCACAAAAGGCUUCAUCGCUUCCGUGCAGAAGCUACGGCAGACGCCCCAUGUCAAGGCUGUGUACGACAUGACCAUUGCAUAUGCUAAAGACGACAAGCUGUUUCAGGCCCCUCCGACUUUCUGGCAGACUUUGUACCAGCCUCACCUGAACAAGAACUGGAAAUUUUUCGUACACGUCGAACGGCAUGAAUUGCAGAAGCUUCCACGAGACACCGACCAAUUGGCGAGAUGGCUGGAAGAGCGUUGGAUAGAGAAGGGCGAGCGACUUGAGCAACUGAGAGAUCGACUUGCCAAAGGCUUACCAUGGGAAGGCGACAGACCUGAUACUAAAAAGCUCGAUUGA